AGGAGAGUGUAAAGUGGCCCACUCGUCGGGUGAUGUACUUGCUUGGUUACAUUCCCAACGACAACCGGCUCUACCUGGGAGACAAGGAGUUGAAUGUGAGCAGCUUCUCUCUGCUGCUCUCCGUGCUCGAGUACCAGACGGCUGUCAUGCGGCGCGACUUUGAGACGGCCGACAAGGUCCUGCCCACCAUUCCCAAGGAGCAGCGUACGCGGGUCGCACACUUCCUGGAGAAGCAGGGUUUCAGGUCUCAGGCUCUGGCAGUGUCGUGUGAUCCGGAACAUCGAUUCGAACUCUCACUGCAGCUUGGCGAGCUCAAGAUAGCAUACACCCUCGCACAGGAGGCCCAGUCUGAACAGAAGUGGAAGCAGCUGGCAGAGUUGGCCACCUCCAAGUGCCAGUUCCAGCUGGCACAGGAGUGUCUCCACCACGCUGAGGACUACGGCGGGCUGCUUCUGCUAGCAACCUCUGCUGGCAACGCGGACAUGGUCGAGAAGCUGGGGCAGACCUCGCAGGCUACCGGCAAAAACAACGUUGCCUUCCUGUCUUACUUCCUGCUUGGAGAAAAGGAAAAAUGUCUGGAGGUGCUUAUCAACACUGAUAGACUUCCAGAGGCUGCCUUCUUUGCGAGAUCAUAUCUGCCAAGCCAGGUGUCACGGGUGCUGCAACAGUGGAAGGAAUCGCUGAGCAAGACUAACAAGAAGUCGGCAGAGUCGUUGGCUGACCCCGCCGAAUACGAGAACCUCUUUCUAGGUCUGCGAGAAGCCGUCCUGACGGAGCAGUUCUUGGAGCGGGAGCAGCAGGGCAGUCGGCCGGCGUGUGCCUACCCACUUGUGACCGCAAACCCAGAUAGAAAUCCCAUCCAGGAGAUGUUAGAAGCUCAAGCAAAUGGAGAGUUCUCUCCACAGAAGCCUGGAGUCGGUGAUGCAGAAGAUGAUGAAAACACACCUAGCACACAAAUACCACAUAAGGAGCCAACGCCACCACUGAAUGCAGCCGAGGCCACACCUUCGCAACACCGGCCAGCAGUGCCCCCUAGUGAGGAGGACAAAGUUGCUGAGAUGGAAAGAGAAUUGGAGCUGGACUUGGAAAACCUUCAAGUUGAUGAUAAUAUAAACACAGAAGAUAUAAAUUUGGAUGAAGAUUUGUUGGCUGAUGAAUGAGGAACCACCUAGUGGCAGAGAUCAAAACUACUGGUGCCACGAGUAUGUGUUUGACGCAUAAGAAGACAUUCAGCUAAAUCACAUGAAAUAAUACACACUACUUCCAGCGGCUAACAGCAGGAGAUGUCAAAUUCGACUGUUGCGGUUUGAAACAGCCAUUUUGUUUCACCUUGGAAAAUAUUAAACGUGUUGGUACUGUCGUUUUUUUGCAUGAUCAUGAAGUGCUUAUUACACAAUUGGUGUAAAUUCCGUUUGGUAUAUGCCGUUCAUAUUAACACUUGAUUUUUCCAAUUUUAUUGCAACUUUUUGGAGCUAAUAUCUUAAAGCUAUCGAGUUAUUAUUGUGCAAGUGUACAAAGCUUACAUUAAUUUUAUUGGACACGUAGUCCAUUAAAAUGGCUCUCCGCUGUCAUGUGAUAGGUAGCCUAUCUCGCUCUGUUGCAGUUGUUCAUCCCAAGGUUCAAUGCAUAGACUAAGGAUGACUUGUAAAUAAUUUCAUGCUUGCUUCUGGUUGUCGCAUUGCGGUGGUAUCACAGAAGAGGCCUAUUACUUCUAUUGUGGCGGGGAGGGGGAAGGUGAAAUGCUAUACUUCUAAUCGGCCGCUAACAUACAUUCGUCCGUCAGCCAAGAUGUUCAUUCAUGAUCACUGAUGUAUUCGUCAAACGGUCGCAGGGAUGUCUGUACAUAUCCCGGCACAACUGAUGGGUAUCCAUGACAACGUUCCCAUCAGCACACUGAAGAGUCGCUUGGCAGUCAUCCAUGCUGAACCUUGACCUCAGUGCAUGGAAAUAUACGCUGGCUUCUGCAUUUGUAGCGGUAUCUUAUGAUAAAGGACGGCAGUCUACCAUCUGAGUUUGUUCGCGGAGUGUGCUGUUGCGUGAGUGCUGGUUUCCUGUUGAUUAAAUGGCCAAACGUGCUCCCAUGAAGCGGAAGCAGCGUAGUUCGUUGCGGCGGGAUGAACGCUCCGUAUUGUUGUGCAAACGACCAUGUUUAAUGUUUUCCUCUGCGUGCAUGUCAUACACCCUGUUUCACACCGGUGACUCACGAUUCGUUCGUUCGUUCUGUCACGUGUGAGUGUAAUGUUUGGUUUCCGGUGUCGGUGGUGAUUGUUGAUCGUGGACGGUUUGUCAGCGGGCCGAGGCAUCGAAAGCCGCGGACGUAAAAAAUAUAUAUAUAUAGGAUAUUACUGAGCCUAUGAUUUAUUCACAUUAUUAUGGUUCUGGUUGUUUCGUUUAUACAGAAACAUCCGUGUGACAUUGCCUGAAUAAACUGUUUUCAGGAAA